AUGGUGAGCCUAGAGCAGACGCCACUGGAGCAGACACCUUGUUACCUGGGCUCUGCAGUGGCCACGAGGUGCCAGGACUGUCACCUUCCUCCACCAGCUGAACCCUGGAGUAAACAGCCAAAUGCUGACAGUGGGAAGAAGCGGAAUCAGGCCUACUUGACAUCAAAGCCUCCAACUGACACCUGUAUCCGACCUGAGGCCCCGGGGGUCACCAAGAGUGCGGCACAGCAAGGUACCAUCUGCAGUGGACGGCGUCACCCUCCCAACACGAGGACCUCACUCGGCACAGGGCACAGGCUUCACUUCUUCUUGGGUGCAAAGUGCACCACUGUCCCCCUGCCAACCUGCUGGAGGCAAGCAGUCCAUGAGCAUGAGGGCCACAGCUCACAGAACACAGUCAAGAUGCCAGUGAGGAGUCGUCAGUUGGGCUUUUUAAAACCUAGAGCAAAGACCAUACCUUCAGGGACCAUUUCCAUAGUUCAUUACCAAAGGCGUUUCUCUGAGUAUGUAGGGCACUGGAAACCACGAGGAGUCGGCACAGCCUUCUCUCCUGAGGUGGCCUUUCCCUCUGCAGGGGCCACUCUGCCACAGGGACCCACCAAAGUCAGCCUUGGCUGAUGCUAGAGACCAUAAAGUGGUUCCCAUUUAUGUAAAAAUAAACCUGAGAGUAGUUGCCUUUGGAAGUACAUCCCCCAGGGCGGCGGUCCCCAACCCUUUUGACACCAA